GCCAAUCCACUCAAAUCCUCUGCCCAGAUCCCCCCCUUGCUCCCACGCCGCCCGCCGGAGCCGCCGCGAUGUCGACGUCCACGCUGCUCUCCGACGAGGGCGUGGCGAGGGUGCGCCGCAAGAAGGACUUCCGCCACAUGGAGCGGGUGGACGGCCGCAUGGUCAACGUGCUCCAGGGCCUCGAGCUCCACGCCAACGUCUUCUCCCCCGACGAGCAGGCCAAGAUCGUCGCCUGCGUCCUCGACCUCCAGGACCAAGGCCGCCGCGGCCGCCUCCGAGAGCGGACCUACUCGGAGCCGCGCAAGUGGAUGCGGGGCAAGGGCAGGGCCACCAUCCAGUUCGGCUGCUGCUACAACUACGCCGCCGACCGGGACGGCAACCCGCCGGGGAUCGUGCGGGACGAGUCCGUCGACCCGCUCCCUCCCCUCCUCGCCGCCAUGGCGCGCCGCCUCGUGCUCUGGCGCGUGCUCCCGCCCACCUGCGUGCCCGACAGCUGCAUCGUCAACGUCUACGACGUCGACGACUGCAUCCCGCCGCACGUCGACCACCACGACUUCCUCCGCCCCUUCUGCACCGCAUCCUUCCUCGCCGAGGCGCCCAUCCUCUUCGGCAGGGACAUGAAGGUGCUCGCGCCAGGGGAGUUCUCCGCCGCCGCCUCCAUCCCGCUGCCCGUCGGGUCCGUCCUCGUGCUCAACGGCAACGGCGCCGACGUCGCCAAGCACUGCGUCCCCGCCGUGCCCGCCAAGAGGAUCUCCAUCACGUUCCGGAAGAUGGACGCCUCCAAGGUCCCGUUCGGAUUCCGGCCCGACCCGCUGCUGCAGAGCCUCACGGCUGCUGCGGUCCGGCCGGCGAUGACGGCGGCGAGCGCGCCUCCGAACAGAGCGGCCUGGGAACAGAGCAAUGGCGAGGCGGCCAAGCACGCCACGCCUCAGCAGCAGCAGCAGCAGGCGGUGGCGCCUCUGUACCAGGCAGCUGCUGUCAGGACAGGACAGACACAGUCACAGAGCCCCCGGGGCGGCGUCCCUUUCAGCCUCUCCACCGACGACUUCCCGGCGCUUGGUGCCUCGCCGGCCAGCGGACGACGGCAGGGAAGGAGAUAAAGAAUUAUAUUUUUUGAAAGAUGAGUUGAGAGAUACUGUACUUUAGUUUUGUUGGAGCUCAUGUAUUAACAACAUUCAUUCAUGGGAUGGACUAUGAGCGGCGCCGCACCUUGGCGCUCCCGUGCGGGGCUGCUGUACACAUGCAUUACAAAUUCAUGAUCCAUUAA